AUGGGAAACAUUAAAGUUGGACUGACACCAGCUAAUCAGUCUGAAGACGGCAACAGACCAGAGAACCUGUAUGUCACCAUUACUCUGGAGCCUUGCCCUGCUGCAUCAGCUGAAACAUCAAGCCAUCCACCUCACCCCUCCUCCUCCACGUCCACCACUAUGUACAACCAUUACUCCAGCUCUUGGGUCUCACACUUACAGAUUCCUUGGGAAAGAUUUCCACUCCGACUGUUGCAUGCAAUCACAAGAGGGGACAGAGCUCAUCCAGAGGACAGGAGAAGUAUGGUUAGAAUUGUUGUGGAGGCCAUGCAAGUUCACUGCAGGAACCGUAAACGUGCAUCUUGUGAAGAGGUUGCUAAAGUCAUUGUAAACAGAUACCCUCAAACAUUUGCAGAUUUUACUGAAAAUGGAGAAAGACUGGGUUGUGGACAUUAUUCACUACUGAGAAGCAUCAAAUCUAGAGUUGAACAUGUUAAUCGAGAUAAUACAACACAUAGACUUCGUCAAACAAAGAGAACCAGGAAUGAGGAAGACUGCAGUCCCAACAGUAAUGCAACCUCACCUAAAAAAGUUGGAUGCCUUGUUGAUAGCUAUGGUUGUAUAAAUUGGCAGCCAGUUGAACGUCCUGAGUGGGAAACGCCAGCUUCUUUAGAGGAAAAGAAGCACAUCUUGUUAACAAUUUUUAAUUCAGAAGGACCUGGAGCUGUGGAGAGACCUGAUGUGGAUGACUUCAUGUGCCUCACAUAUAUUUCUCAGCGGCAGCUUAUCAACAGUUGUCCCUCACUUUCAGUAGCUGAAAUUCAGGAGCAGUGGCCAUUCUUGUUUACUCGGAAAGGUCUUUCGAACCACUUUUACAAACUCACAGGCAUCGAUAUCAGUGAGCGCUUAGGUCAGGCCCUCAUAACCAAAGGCAGAAGGAUUAUUAACUAUUUCUCCAGCCAGAAGCUCAAAUGGAACCUUGGUAUAAGGACACUCAUCCAGCAGAUAGAAAGUGAGGGAGUUUUGACCAACAACAAGGUUGGCACAGCAGCCAUACUUCUCAUGAUGAAGUAUUACAAGGAAGAUAAAGACUCCCUCUUUGUCUUAGCAGAUCUAAGCUUUUUUCAUACAGCUCUAUGUUUAAUGCUGUUGCUUGCUGUCCUUAAGCCCCCCGCCCCCAGCCCCAGCCCCGCUCCGUCGAUGGUUGACUCCAAAUCUCCCGAACACUAUGUCGAUUUGAGAACGCAAGACCGAGACAGCAAGACCAAGAUGAGACCAAGACAAGACGAGACCAAGACCACGUAA